UUGACUGCAUGUGUAUGUUUUGAAGUGAGUCGGUCAGAAAAGUGUCAGGUUUAGUUUUCAUGUAAAGGGAGCUGCCCCAACUCGUGAUUGGAGGACGCUUUGCCACGUGCACAUAUCUUUGCUGCUCACGAGCACAUUUGAUUACCUGACAGGUUCAGUUUGGACUGUCGAAGGAUCUAACAAAGGUUUGGUCUGCAGCUGCUGAGUCACCUCUGAGCAGAGCUGCUCCAAAAUCGUGAACUUCUUAAUGACUUAUUAUUAGAUCGCUCCUAAACCGGCACGAUGGCUUUGAGCUCAUUCGACAUCGACGAACCGCGAUGGGAUCAGGCGACGUUCAUGGGCCGGCUGAAACACUUCUUCAACAUCACGGACUGUCGGACGGCGCUCCUCCCCGACUCACGCCUGGAUGAGGCCAAGGCUCUCGUGGAAAGCUGCAGGGCAGGAUCUAUCCCUCCAGGCACCACAGAGGAGCAGCUCCACUACGCCAAGAAGCUGUACGACUCGGCUUUCCACCCGGACACAGGGGAUCGCAUGAACCUGAUCGGCCGCAUGUCAUUUCAGGUCCCCGGAGGCAUGGCCAUCACCGGCUGCAUGCUGCAGUUCUACAGGACAGUUCCUGCCGUGGUGUUCUGGCAGUGGGUGAAUCAGUCCUUCAACGCUCUGGUCAACUACACGAACAGAAACGCCGCCUCCCCCAUCACUCCCAAGCAGAUCGGAGUCGCCUACCUUACAGCAACGAGCACAGCGUUAGCAACAGCAGUGGGACUCAACCUCUACACAAAGAAAGCUCCUCCCCUUGUUGCUCGCUGGGUCCCUUUUGCAGCGGUGGCAUCUGCUAACUGUGUAAACAUUCCCAUGAUGAGGCAACAGGAGAUCCUGAACGGUAUCGCUGUCACGGAUGAAAACGGCAACGCACUGGGCCACUCCACGAAAGCGGCGGUGAAAGGCAUCACACAAGUGGUCGUCUCUCGGAUCACCAUGGCUGCACCAGGAAUGAUCAUCCUGCCCAUCAUCAUGCAGAGGCUGGAGAAAUACAAGUUCAUGCAGAGAAUCACGUAUCUACAUGGACCAAUCCAAGUGAUGCUGGUCGGAGGAUUUUUGAUCUUCAUGGUGCCUGCUGCCUGCUCCCUCUUCCCUCAGAGAUGCUCUAUGGCCGUGUCCAAGCUGGAGCCCGAGCUCAGAGACUCCAUCAAGUCGAAGUACGGAGACGCAAUACAACAAGUCUACUUCAACAAAGGCCUUUGAGGGCGGAUUAGCAUUAUCAAAAUGACACCCAAGACCAGAUCACAUGUCCAUGUAGUCUGUUCCCAUUCUCUAAUGUUUGUUAUGAUUAAAUGCUUCUUCUGCUUCAUCUUCAUAUCAGUGCUUUAUCUGUGGGAACUUUGAUGAAUCGUGUCACUUUUUAAUCUGCUUUUCUUUCCUUGGUUCAAAUGAUUUCUUAUAUUUUUCGUAUCUUAAACACAUACAAGGGGGGGGCGCUGUGUACUCCUGUUGACAAACCAAAUGAUCUGACCUCAGGAACAGGGCGUUAUUUCACAGAUAAAGACUCUGUCACUGUGCCCUUUGUGAAAUGAGUCUCCUGUAGUUGUCGUCAUUGUCUGUUUUGUCGGUGUCUCUGUGUUGGAAAAUUCUGUUAAAUCUGCAAAGUUUCCUUAAAUCUGUGCCUUUCACACAGUGGCUGGAGUUUCUUUCUUUUUUUCUUUUUUUUAAACCAAUAUCGUCUCUACUGUGAAACCAGAAAAGUACUUCUAUGCAUGGCUUAUCUCAGAAGCUGGCAUUCAGUGUGAUUUUUUAAAAAAAAGUGGAGGAUACUGCCAUCUUCUGCCAGAAUGGAGGUAGAACUUUAUGACUUGUCUGUGUGAGAGGUUUUCCAGUUUGAUCUUUCUACUGUGUGAACACUGAAUUGUGCCACAAUACUCUGAAUAAGCUGGAAUAAAACAACAGAAAUAUUUGAAUACA